CACGUAAUAAUAACUUAUCUUCUGAGUAACUUUUGAAAGACAACGGACGACAGCAACUCAGCUCGCGCGAGUUUAGGUCACAUUUUUUAAGUCAGGAGCACCAUGAGUGCCAGAAACAGAUCCUGCUCCUCUUCUUUCAUCCAAGCAUGCAGCUCAUCAUCCUUUACCAGGCAACCACCUCGUGUGUUGAUAGUGGAUGCCUCGCCACCCUGGUGGUCAGAGACAUGCUCUGUUUUGUGUCAGGCCCUGGAAAAUUUCUUUUUUUUGACCAGCAGUUUGGCUGGGCCCGUUCGUCUACCACUACUUAGUGUUUUUGCCAUCAAUGUACAGCUAGAGUGCCUUCUGCCCUUUGUGCAUGUUAAGGGGAAUUUGACACGGCUGCUCUCCUGUGUAGAAGAGCUGCGUUCUCUACCUCAGGAGGGCUGCAUUCGGCAGCGGGGGGCACUCCUUAAACAGGCAGUGCUGGACAGCCUUCAGCAGUUUAAACAAUACAUGUGUCAUACAGCUCUUGGGGACAUCAACAGCAACUGUGUGGAGGUGACUGUAGUGACUUGUCAGCCAGGCCAGACAGUCCUGAGACAGCUGGAGCAGGGCCUGAAAAACUCUGAUCUAAUGAGCCUGCGCAAGCUUCUGGUGAUUCACAUUACCCUCCAGCAUAGUCUCACAGACAGAUCUCCUGCCUGUAGCCCAGAGACACCAUCUUCAGAUCACAAUGACCAUGAAGAGAGCCUGAUGUUGGGGACGGAGAUGGACCUACAGCAAGUGGAGGGCACAGUUGUGGCUGUGGAGAGUGCUCUGAAAAUGUGGCUACAUGACCAGGGUGGAGACCGGGAACAUGUCCACUUGUUGUUACCCCCUUCUCUCACAGCACAGAGUUCUACACCGAACCCUGCCAAUAACAGGCCAAGCCCUGUCUGUUUGAAGUGUGACAUGCAGGAGAGACUUCUUAGCCCAGCACUGCUUCCCAGCACUCCUGACCUUGGAGUGAAGACUGAGAGCAUACAAGAUUUCCAGCCCCAGAACAAGAGCCUGACCAAUCAGAGCCCCUCACCACAGCGUCUACGAGUUGUGAAAGUUCUCUAUGCCGACGGAGUGUGUCAGUCUGUGCUGUAUGGACUACCCUUUGUCAUCAGACCAACCUCUUGCUGGCAGCUAGAAUGGGAUGAGAUGGAAACAAACCACCAGACCUUUCAUGCUCUCUGCCACACACUCAGAACCCGUGACUGGUUCAUGUUGGCACGCUCAGAGCCAAGGUCGGGCUCGGGCUCUAGUGUGUUCUCUUACUAUGUACUUCAGUCCUCUGGAUCACUCUCUCUGCUUUUGAAACCUGUGCUGACACGAGAACUUAUGCUGCCCUGCACUCUGCCUGUUUCAGUUGAGGAGCCCCCACUCCAAGCACUACACAAUAUAGAGAGCUCCCUGGAGCAGCUAGAGAAGGACCCAGAGUUUAACCCCCUCUGCCUGGACUCCAACCUUUACAUGAACUUGAGAAUGAGAGGCUUGCUUACCCGCUCAACACAACCAUUUGGAGCACAAGGCCAGGGACGUGGCCAUCGCAGAGAUGCAAGUCGGCCACCAGAGGGCUCCACACAGCGUCAGCAAGGUCGGCAGUCUCAUAGUCGUGUACGGGCUACAGUGGCUCCUCUCCCUUCCAUUCCUCCAAACAAGAUGUCCCGUCCCUCACUAACCCUCAGCCACUCCCGAGCCAGUGCCCCUGCCCUCUGUUUCCAGGACAACUAUGAUGAGGAAGACCAUCUGAUGGUUCAGAGACAGUCCCUCAACUCUUUUGGCAGUGUGUCACAAACCUAGUUGUGUAAGUGACAUGUUGCACUGUUCCUGCCUCCAGCAUUAUCAUCCAAACUCAUCUGACUACCACA